AUGCCGUGUAUUAGAGAAUGGCAAAAAUUGACUAAAGAUAAUGAACGUGAUUUGGUUUUAGAAUUCUUUAAGUCAAUGAAAAAGAAGUUUGACCCAUCACUAAAAGGCAGAAUACCAGAUUUUUCUGUUGGCUAUUCUUACAAAAAUAGAAAAGUUGAUUUAUUAGUUAUGGAAGUCAAACCGCCAAGCAAGGAUUCCUCUGAUUUAGUUAAAUUGGGAAAUGAACUAAAAGAUAUUAUUGAUAAAUCUGCUGAAGAUGGAAUUUGUUAUAAUGAUCUAUGUGUAUGUGGAUUGUUAGUGGAAGGCAGUUUAUCGUAUGAAACAUGUCGGGAAAUUUUUUUUGCUCACAAUUAUUAUAAUCUUGAUACAGCUCCUACAACAAUUGAGCUUAUGAUGCAAACAAAGGUUGCUAAGAUAAUACAUAAGAAGUUGUCAGAUAAGGAUGAAGACUCUUUUAUUUUAAGAAUGAAUAUGACGAGACAAUCAUUCCACACACCAAUGAAAAUACCAAACAAUGUUCAAGGAAUAAAUCUUCAAAGGGUCCUAAAAUAUAAUACUACUAAUAAUGAUUAG